GUGACCGGAGCCGCGCAUGCGCGCUAGCCCAGCCCCUGCUUAUCCCGGUCAGAUACAAAAUGGCGACCGUGUAGCGCGUUUCAAAUUGAUUUUUUUUCCAACACAUUCGUUUCACAACCCGUAUUCAACGUACAAAACUCCACAACAGCAUCAAAACGAAAAUAGAACAACGCCGCGCGCGUACUCCGUUCAAAAAUACCAAUUCUAAUUUAUAACCUGUGCAGUGUAAUUGCAAUAGUAAAGCGUCUAUAAGUUUUUUCAAUUUGCUAAUUAUCUUCUUAAUUUGACAAAUGAUUAGGUGUGGUGCUUGUUCGAACUGAAAGUCGUCGUCUGGAAUAUAACACAUGAAAUCCAGCAGUAUGAAGAGAAGUGACAGUAUCUGAUGAAAGAUUAGUGGCGCGCUCCUACGUUAGACGGUUGAUGCCUUGAAGGCUAGUUCCAGAUUUUGAAUAAGAGAUGGCGUGGUGUAUGAACGGGCAGUAUGUCGACGGACAAGAGUACGUGCCAGUGGCUGAGUUUUAUGCUGACAAAUCUGUUUUUGUGACGGGCGGUACCGGGUUUAUGGGAAAGGUGCUAGUUGAAAAACUACUCAGAAGUUGUCCUAAAAUCAAGAAAAUCUACUUGUUGAUGCGACCCAAGCGCGGGCAAGAUGUGGCGUCGCGGCUUACGGAGCUCACUCAAUCACCGUUGUUUGAAACCCUGCGGAAAGAGAGGCCGCAAGAGUUGUACAAAAUCGUACCUAUAGUGGGGGAUAUCACCGAACCAGAACUGGGUAUCAGUCCGGCGGAUCAGGCUAUGCUAUGUCAAAAGGUGUCCGUGGUGUUCCACUCAGCAGCCACGGUGAAGUUCGACGAGAAACUGAAGCUGUCGGUGACCAUCAACAUGCUGGGCACGCAGCAGCUGGUGCAGUUGUGCCAUCGCAUGCUGGGAUUGGAGGCGUUAGUUCACGUGUCGACCGCGUACUGCAAUUGUGAGCGGGAGCGCGUUGAGGAGACGGUGUACGCGCCGCCUGCGCAUCCUGAGCAUGUGGUGACGCUGGUUCAGACCUUGCCUGAUGAGCUGGUGGACAGGAUCACGCCGGACCUCGUAGGUGACAGGCCAAACACGUACACAUUCACAAAGGCCCUCGCCGAGGACAUGCUCAUAAAGGAGUGCGGGAACCUUCCCGUCGCCAUCGUGAGACCAUCAAUCGUACUCUCAUCUCUCCGAGAGCCGGUGAAAGGAUGGGUGGACAACUGGAACGGUCCCAACGGGAUCAUCGCGGCGGUCGGCAAAGGCAUAUUCCGCACGAUGCUCGGGACAGGCGCACGAGUCGCCGAUUUGGUGCCCGUGGACACCGUCAUCAACCUGAUGAUUGUGUGCGCGUGGCGGACGCAUUUGAGGCGAGGCGAAGGCGUGGUAGUGUACAACUGCUGUACCGGCCAGCAGAACCCCAUCACGUGGCAGCGGUUCGUGAAGACCAGCUUCAAAUAUAUGCGGAAACAUCCGUUUAGUGAAGUGGUAUGGUAUCCAGGAGGCGAUAUCACCAACAACCGCCUCAAACACAGCACUCUAUCGCUGCUGCAGCAUCGCGCGCCCGCCGUCGUCAUGGAUCUGGUGGCGAAGGCUUCCGGAAGCAAACCUAUGAUGAUCCGAGUCCAAAACAAGCUUGAAAAGGCCGCAGCUUGCCUCGAGUAUUUUACAACUCGCCAAUGGUCGUUCGCCGACGACAAUGUGCAAGCGCUCUGCGCAGCGCUCUCGCCGUCCGACAGAAGAACAUUCGACUUCAACGUUCGCAAUAUCGACUGGGACGCGUACAUUGAGUCCUACGUUCUGGGUAUUCGCAGGUUCUUGUUCAAAGAGAGCCCGGACACGCUGCCUAAAUCGCGCGCGAUUCUAAGAAGAUUACACAUAGUCCACGUUCUAACUCAAAUGGCCACCGUAUUCUUCCUAUGGAGAUUUCUAUUCUCACGCUCGAACGCACUCCGCAACAUCUGGCGUUACAUCCUCGAGUUCUUAACGCGGGCAGCACGCCUCCUCGCCAUAGCCUGAUGCGCGCUUUUAUGAUAAACCAUGACUACAGCGCCCCCAUCAAACUAAAAAGUUAGCAUUGCUUCCAAACUCGCUAACAUUAAAACCUCUUUUGACGUUGAAACUUUUUUUCAUCACCUUUCGAAAUGGCGGCAAGGAACUUUGACACCAAUAGAAGUUAUUGUUAAGGAUCACAACGGCAAAUAAUGUAUAGGAAUACUUUCUCUUCAAUAAUAAGCUUACGGGGCUGUUGUUUUUUGCUUCCUCUAUAAUAGUGGUUCUGUGCGGUGUAGAAAUUGACGAUGUUUUAGAUUAGUAAAAUGGCGCGUUUGAAUUUUUUAUCAUCAUUCAGUUACAGUAAUAUUUGGAAAUGAUUUGAUUGCAGUGAAAGUUUAACUGUUGACAUCUGUCUUUAAAUUUGAAGCACCAAAUCAAAGGCUCAAAUUAGAUUGGUUUAUGGGACUAAUAAAUAGAAACAUCUAGCAAAUGUCCAAUCUUUAUUGAACCUCUCACGACACUUUCAAUGAAAUCAUUUGCAAAUAAAGGUAGAUAUCGUGUAAUGAUUCUCAAACUGUAAUUGAAUGAUGUGAAUAUAACAGUUGCCUUAGUGAUUUUACAUCGCAUAAAAUCAUUUACUCUUCCCGAGCGCUAGGCCGUUAAGAUAGUUCUGUUACUAAUUGUUAAAUAAGUAAUAGUAAUUCCAGAUAAUUUUGUACCUAUAUUACAGCUCAAUGAUUAUCUAAAAAAAUAAUGUUCAAAACUCUGUUAUCGCCUAGUAAUAAUUGUACAAUAGUUAUAAAUGCUAUUCGAGAAACACCAGUUAAUAUAUUCGACUAGUUAAAUAAAUAGAUGUUUCUGUUGCCACUUCUGACGAGUUUGUUUUCAACAUCGUCGAUUUUAGACGUUGUUUUGUAUCAAAUAUUGAUCAUAGGCAGAUUGUCGAGUAUUUUGUAAAGCAUCAACCAUUACGCUGUUCGAUUGUAAGAUUGAAAUUAAACGGUGCAAGCGAUACGAUGAUUACUUGAAGAUGUUCAGUCAGUCGCGCAAAUGACUUCCUAUUAAUAUAGAAAUAGGUUAAUAUGAUCAUAAUAAUGCGUAUACUUCACGAUUGCUUGCAACGCUUAAAUUCAAUGGCAUAUGAAAGUAUAAAAUUAAGGUAUAUGACAUAUUAAAAUAAAAAAAACCAUUAGAUCAAAAAUAAUGCGCAGGAAUUCAUACACAAAAAUGUCUGUAACAAAAACACCAAAAAUAAAUCACCCUACAACUACAGGUUCUAAACCAAAGUUCAAUUUAUUUAUAAUAUUUAUUCCUGAACAUCUUAUUGACGCAUUGAUUAGAUGUGAAGGCUCAAACAGUUAGCUAAUACUAGUCAAGAGUAAACUAUUAAACUAUUCGACAUAAUAUAGGCACCCAUGUAAAAUAUAAACAAAAUUCCAUUUAAAAUUGUUAAACAAACGGUUAUUAGUAAAAUUAUUUAAUGAAAAUAAUAAUUAAAGUAUAGAAAAGUGGAGUGAGCGGUUUGAUAGCGGCUAGGAUUGUAGUUUUAACAAUUUUUUGUCCCGAUCAUUCUGAAAUUUGAAAUGUAGGCGUACAAGUAUCCUAACGCAACAUUAAAAGAGUCGAUGGUAAAAUGAAACUUUUACAAUACGACGAAAAUGUACCUCUAGUUAUAGUAAGAGGUGGUGAUGAAAAUUUUGUAAAGGUUGUUAUGAAACAUAUUACGUAAAUUUAUACCUUUGCAGUCUUUUUAACGCGCUUGGUGCACUAGGAAUGUCUAAUAAGGAAAUCCUAUGCUUGCUCAACAUUUUAUUUGAAAUUCCUUUCAAAGUCUUACUAAGUUGCAAACAUUACAUCAUUAUUUUUCAAAACGUUAACAUAAAGCUAUGAACUAUGAAGUUAUUGAAUUUCAUAAUAUUGCAAAUAAUAUUGAUUUAACUUCCACCAAAAGACUAUGUUGACUGAUUAAUUUCUUUAUUAAUGUUUAAAUUAAAAAUUAGAAUUACACUUUUGAAACAUAAGCUCAAUGGCAAAUUUUCUUCCUAAAAUACUAAAUAAGAUUUAGAUUUUAGAAAUUACGUCUAUCAACAUAAUUUUGAUUGUACCAAUAAUAAGGUUUUAAGUUAGAUCUUUGUUGUGGUUACUAUCAGAUUUAUGUUUCAACAAAAAAUUGAAUAGCAUUCUGAUGUUCAUUGUAUUUAUGGAAUUUUUUACGACAAUUAUUAUCUUUUAGGAGUUUGAAUUGAUAUAGGAAUCGAUGAAACCUAUAACUGAGGUUCAAGUUAUCGACAUCAAUUUAUUUGAUUUAUCUGGACGAUGUCAUAUUACUAAACUAGAAACAUUGAAAUACAAAUUGAAUAGAUUAACUACAUAAAGUUUAUUUUCUUGGUAUCAAGAUAAUCAAAUGUAAGUAAAUCAUUGCAAGGAUAUUGAAUAAAAUUGGUAAUUGGUACUUAUGUCAGGGAUUCUCUCUUUCUCUCUGUUUUGUUGAUUUGGCUUUUGAGAAUCAAUAAUUUAAAUUAGACAUCACCACAAAUAAGUUGCGUUAGUUUUGGCUUGACAGCUGCAAAUGUGCCGAAUUUGUAUAAAAUGCUAGUUGAUGAAUUUUAGAUAGAAUUAGUUUAACAUUUGCUGGUUGGAAUGCUUCGCAACCAUAUUCUCGCCUGAACGAAGGCUUCAGAUAAAAUGUAAAAGAUUUUGAUAAAGUUCAACGAAAACGUGAGUCCAGAUAGGGAGUUUAGAUUUACACGACGACGGUAGUUGGAAUGGCAUAACAACUUUAAUAAACAAAAAAUUUGAUAUUUUGUUCGUGGCAUAUCGUGUCAAAAACUUUGAUUAUAAUUUUUAUGACGAUGUCACGAAUAUUCUUAUUCCAUUGUUAUUUAUGCUUCCCAUAUUGUCUUGGUAAAGGUCUUUUGGUAUGGUAAUAGUAAAUUAUGUUCGAUUUGACUGUAGUGAUUUGAUUGUAGGCUAUAAUCUGAUGAAUCCAAUGGUUUUCUAUCCCAUGCUUCCUAGUUUGUGUUAUAUUGUGUCUAAAUUUGUUAAUAUUUAUUGUAUUGAGAUAUUGAAAUGGUGGAUAGUAUUUACUCCAAUCGAGUAAUUGUUUUUUUAUUCAGGAAGCUCGUUUACUAAUCUUUUAACUAUUGAUUUUUUCUUUUUUAGAGGCAUUCUUAGCCUAUACACCUAAUAAAUUUUCAUAGAAAGCUUAAACUUUGGUAUAUUGCAAUCCACCAUUUUUACGUCUGGAUUACAAUUGCCCAUUUGUUUGGAUCUUGUCUCCCAACACUGAAAUUUAAGUCUUCUAAUAUGUACCGUAAUAC